CGCCAACGACUCUGAUCGAUCUCCUCACAAUCACUAUGGACGAUAAGGGUUUAUCUCCAUUCCACAACACCUGCAUGACGUUUUCGACGUCGGGAUGCCUGCACUGCGGUAUUGUUGCAGUCUCUGAGAACCCUGCGAAGUUGCAAUAGAAUUUUGGGUUUCAUACAUCCCAUUGCAUUUCUUUGGAUUUCUCAGUGCCUGAACCGAUUGCGCCAUGGCUAUGGUGGGUAGUUCCCCGCGCUCAUUUCUUCCAGUUUUAUCGCAUUUUAGUCAUGCUGCUCUCGUCAGUGGCAGGAUGGUAGUUCCAACGCGGUUUUCCAGCUCAAGGAUGGAUUCUCCAAACCUGGCCAACUUUUCUCAGUCGUUCUCUUUACCAUCUCGGUCGUUUUUAAGCUGCGGGUUUGCAAUGCGGGAAUUGAUGUGGAGAAGUAGCGGGAAAUUAGACGAUGGUAGAGAUGGAGCAUGUACUAGGGUAGUGAAGAGCGAAACGUCUGGCGUAGAAACUGUGGAAGGAAAGAUUGAGGGGUUGGUCGGAAGUGGCAAUGGCAGUAAUGGUGGUGGAGGUUCUGGCGGAGGGGGGAAUGGAGGUGGAGGUGGGGAAGCUCUGGGAUGGAUUUCUAGCGUGCUUGUCUUUGCUCUUUACGCUGUUUUUGUAUAUUAUGCAGCAGCUGUGGCUCCUGCUCAGACGCCGUACCGAGACCAAUAUUUCAUUGAAAAGCUAGUCGGGUUACGCUCUGAUGAUGGCUUCGUGAUGAACACGAUUCUUAAAUGUGAAUUUUUCAUCAUGGGAUUGUGGCCGAUAAUCUACUCAAGCCUUCUAAUCCCGUCUGCCAAAAACGAGAAAGGAGGAGUGCCAGCUUGGCCAUUCCUGAUCUUUUCCUUUGCAGCUGGAGCGUUUGCAUUGGUGCCCUAUUUCGGGUUAUGGCAGCCACCUCCUCCAAAGGUGACGAGGGAAGAGCUCAGCAAGUUUCCACUCAAUGUGUUGGAGAAUAAGCUGGUCGCUUAUUUGGUGCUACUCUCCGGCGCUGGAUUACUGCUCACAGCUGCUGUCGCAGAGGCUGAUCAAUGGACCGAAAUGUAUCAGUACUUCCGAGAGAGUAAGUUCAUUCAUGUCAUGAGCAUCGAUUUUUUGACUUUGAGCUCGUUGGCGCCGUUCUGGGUUUACAAUGAUAUGGCGACGCGGAAGUGGCUCGACAAGGGAACAGCGCUGCUGCCAUUAUCGCUUGUGCCUUUCCUUGGUCCUGCCUUGUAUCUUGUUUUUAGGCCUCCAUUGCCACUAUCCAUGGUUGAAGAGGAGAGUUGAGUAACCUUCUCGACUGCGAGAAGGUUGGGUUGUCAUCUACAAAAUUGGUUGUGAAAUGCAGAGUACAAGCUCUGUUUAUAGAGUAUUCAGAGAAAUUCUAGGAAGGGUAGAGCCAGAUUCCUGAGAUAUUAUGAAGCGACGCUGGAAUUCGGGUGGCAAACCUUAACAUGCUAAUUUUUGUUCUCUACCAUUCGAAAUGCAGUGAUUUUAGAGAUCAGAAUUUAUCCUCGUCGAGAGUUGGUGUGAGGGACAGAUUGUAACGUAAAGAUGAGGAGGUGAGUGCUUACUCUAGACAAAUAAGCUUAGAAAUCCCUCUUGUACAACUACGACUCAGGCCAGUCGCUUUUUCUGGGGGGAUAACCAUCUCAGCACCUUCUAAGCACAUCGAUGGAUUUUGCUCGGCCACAUGAAAACUAGACAUCCUCUUCAAUUGAAUAUCGUCUCUUUCUAAA